UAGAGGAAUUUCUUUAAAUUUGUGAGAAAUCACUGAGGAGCAGAAGCUAGGCACUCUCUUGUUGGUUUAACAUGUCAGGGUAGAGGAAUCUGAAUCUCUAACAUUUUGGUUUAUAUUAUCUUUUGAACACGCAUAUAUGUCUCGAGUUAUUUAUCUUCAGGGUUGUUAGGUGCUUACCACUAAGUUGUAGGAUGAAUGAUGUAUAGUGUAGCCAGAAAAGGGUAGGUAAACUACAAUGCUUGAAAUUGUUGGAUCAUGUUCUUCUUGCUUUAUUGCUGAUUAUUAGUUAUUUAAACCACAGUUUUAGCUUUCAAAGAACAGGAAAAUUGUGCCUGAGAUAAAUUAGUGGGUUUAUUCAUAUAUAUAUUUCUACAGAUCAUGGCCUCUUAUGAAUUUGAUUCUUCUUACCCUAUGUUCUUAAGAUGUUUCAAAUCUCAUCUUUUAGUUUAGAAGAAAGUGAGUCAUUAUGGUUAGCAUUUUUCUUUUCUUCGUAGUAAUGGAGUAAAGCUUAGGAACUUUAGAUAAUUUGUCCAUAUUUGCUUUUUUGCUUUUUUGCUUUUUUUUCCCCAUAAAGUAUUUGCUUAAAUGUUCAUCUAUUUCUUGAUUUUGAGGUAAGAUGGGUAAGUUCCAGAAUUUUUUUAGAAGCAUCCCAUUAUUAUUCAGUAUCUUAUAGUUUAAUUGAUAAUUAAAUUGCUAAUUAAUUUUGUACGUAAGAAAAUUAAUUAGUUAAUUUUGUGGUUAAUGGUUUGAACAAUAAUUGUAUGCUUAUAUGGUUGUCUAUCCAUGGUCGAGGAAUUUAAGGGCAGCCCCCAAAUCAUUUAUUGCCUUUAAAUUUUACAUUUCUUUAUUUAAUUAGUUUCAUUAAUAAAAUGUCCAUUUUUCUUAUUUUUAUGAUCUAAUAUUCAGAUUAACAUGUUUUUAGAUAAAUUAGCUCAAGUCUUUUUUUUUUUAAUGAUAGAUGGUAGGUGAAGAAAAAUUUAUAGUUUUAUUGUAACGUGAAAACUAAUCCACACUAUUAUUCAUAAAAUAAUAAAUCAGUCAAAUGAUGUGGUCGGGUGUUUAUUUAUUUUAUUUCUGCUAGAAACAACUUUAUAUUAUUUUCCAUCAUCUUGUUCCCACAUGUUUCCUUUUAUUAUAAUAUGAAGGUAAUAUAAUAAUAAAUAAUAGUAAUAAGAUAUAUUGGUUUGGUGGGUAAUUUUGAGUGAUUUGCUGUGGUUGAUUCAUAAUUGCAAGCAUUUAUUGGUAAAUUAGUUAAAUUAGUUGAGUUUGGUUGAAGAUUUGAUUAGACUUCUUAAUUAGUUGAAAUUAGUAAAAAUAUGUAUUUCUUUUUUGUUUGUUUAAUUUUAUAGUUUGUUGAAUUGUGAAAUGAGGAAUAUGUUUUCUUUUUAAUAAUAUUAAAAUAGUUAACAAAAUCGUGGAUCGAUCUCAUCCCACCAUUUUCUAUCUCUCUCCUCUGACAUAUAAAAUUAGGGUUUCAUCCAUUUCUCUCUCUCUCUCUCUCUCUCUCUCUCUCUCUCUCUCUCUCUGUUGCCAAAGCUCCGAUCAUGGUCUUGCCGUCCGUUUCAGAAACUGACUCCCAUCUCUUUGUUGCGGAGCUUUUCAUUUUUCAGUUUCCUUUCUUCUGAUCUGAGCGAUAUUGGUUGUUCACUCUGAGCCAUGUCCUGUUCUUAUCUACGCCUCGAUCCGACCUCCAGAAUUUGUUCCUCACAGGACGGCGUUUUUGGCCAGAGCUACAGCCAUUGUACCUACCCUAGUGAUCACUUUGAUCGUCUUCCCGACUCUCUGCUUCUGUUGAUUUUCAAUAGGAUUGGUGACGUUAAGGCUCUUGGACGUUGUUGUGCAGUUUCUCGAAGAUUCCACUCUAUCGUGUCUCAGGUUGAUAACGUUGUUGUACGAGUUGACUGUGUGAUAUCCGAUGAUGAUUUCUCCUCCGCCUCUUCGUCUUCUGAUAAGUCUCGGAGUGGCUUUUCUAAUCUGUUCCGUAUGGUUCUUGGUGGCAUUGUCAAGCCGCUUCAAGCUUUAGGUCAGUUCUUGGGUCCGAAACGGGUGACAUCCUCUGGGUUGGGUUCCGGUUCGUCUUCUUUGUCGACCUCUUCGCUUUCGGUUGGGAGGGAAAAAGAUGGGGAGAGUGGUCAAAAUGGUGUGACUCAUCAUUCGCCCACCCAAGUUCUUAAGAAUUUUAACGAAAUUCGAUUCCUUCGAAUCGAGCUUCCUAGCGGCGAAUUGGGUAUUGACGACGGCAUUUUGUUGAAAUGGCGAGCUGAUUUCGGAUCAACUUUGGAUAAUUGUGUGAUCCUGGGUGCUGCAUCGGUGGUUCACGCUGGGUCUUUUGGUAAGAACAUGCAAGAAAAUGGAACUGAUGGGUUCUGCUCUGGAAAUGGCGCAGCAGCUGAUGACAGCGGGAGCAUACCCGAAUCGUUUUAUACUAAUGGAGGGCUAAAAUUGAGAGUUGUUUGGACGAUUAGCUCACUAAUUGCUGCUUCGGCGAGGCAUUAUUUACUGCAGCCGAUAAUUGCGGAGCAUAAGACUCUGGACAAUUUAGUUCUGACUGAUGCAGAUGGACAGGGCAUGUUGUGUAUGAACAAGGAUCAGCUUGAAGAGUUGAGAGUAAAGCCCUUAUCGGCUUCAACUGCCUCUAAGAGAACGCUUGUUCCAGCCCUGAAUAUGAGGCUUUGGUAUGCGCCUCACUUGGAAUUGCCUGGUGGGAUUAUUCUGAAGGGGGCAACUCUUGUUGCGAUACGUCCAAGCGAGCAGUCGAUGACAAAGAAAGAGGUGUCUGAUGGGUCAUGGCUUUCAAAGGCUUUUGAGGAACCUUAUGCAACCGCUGCAAAGAUGCUGGUGAAAAGGAGAACUUACUGUCUUGAGAUGAAUUCUUUCUGAAACUUCAACUGGAUUUGAGCAGAAGAGUGGAUCCAGAUAAUGGGAAGAUUGAUUGUGAGGGGAGUACAUCUGGUUUCAUGCAUCACCAAAUUGGCAAGUCUGAGGAAGCCUAAUCAAACGGCAGCAGGCUCAGCUAUCCAAGGUUGAUUUUGGAUUUUGAAGAAUGGGCGACUUCUGCUUGAACAAGUGAGAUAAUUUAAACUCUUCUCUACUUAGCCUUUGGUCGAUAAUACUAUUUGCAAAAGUGCAAAAAAUACAAAUAGAGAUGAUGUUGUAAAAGCCCUUGUUGUUGUAGUGUUUUGUUUCUUAUAUGUGAAUAUGAUGUAGUUCUAUUCUAUCAAGCAAUUGCAUCCUUAUGAAUUGAUUGCAGCCCUUAAUGUCAUAGACACAUUGCAUUGCA